AGGGUGUAUACCAAAAAAAUAGAUAUUCAAAGGGUUUAUUUAGAAAACGCUCAAUCUCAAACUCUGAACUCUGAAGUGAUAAAAAUGUACCCACAAACGCUUUUCUUCAAACCAAAACAAUGGCUGCUGCUGCUCAUGGUUGUCUUCUCGCAAGCAUACCCACUACGAGAAUCACCAAAAUGCCCCAAGCUAUUCUCAGCAAGGAAUACAAAAUGAAGGCGCCAUACAAGUUGAAGCAGGGGCAAUCUCGUAUUUUCCACAAGCUCCCUUCUGGUCUCAACAUGGAGGUUAUCUACCAGAAAUGUCUGCAAGAUGAUAAAAGUAAAACACAGAAAUCAUGGAAUCCACCUCCAUUAGUGUUCGUCCAUGGAAGCUUUCAUGCCGCUUGGUGCUGGGCCGAACACUGGUUGCCUUUCUUUUCCCAAAAUGGGUUCGAUUCUUACGCCCUCAGCCUUUUGGGUCAGGGUGAAAGCGAUGCUCCAGAGGGUUCGGUGGCAGGUUCUCUUCAGACACACGCAGCCGAUAUUGCUGAUUUCAUCCAGAAACAAACAGAAUUAUCACCACCGGUGUUGAUUGGACAUUCAUUCGGAGGACUCAUCGUCCAGUACUACAUCGCCAAUGAAUACUCUGAACUCGCCGGAGCUGUGCUUGUUUGCUCUGUGCCGCCUACCGGAAAUAGUGGCUUAGUAUGGAGGUAUCUCUUUUCAAAACCUGUUGCUGCCUUUAAGGUCACAAUGAGCUUAGCAGCCAAAGCUUUUCAGACAUCUUUACCCCUUUGCAAAGAAACAUUUUUCUCUAAAGGAAUGGAAGAUCAUCUUGUUUUGCGUUAUCAAGAAUUGAUGAGAGAAAGUUCAAGAAUGCCAUUGUUUGAUUUAAGAAAACUUAAUGCUUCACUUCCGGUUGCAUCAUCUGAAUUUACUCGACUUCUUGUCAUGGGUGCAGCUGAUGACUUCAUUGUGGAUGAGAAAGGACUUGAGGAGACCGGGAGUUUUUACUGUGUGGAACCGGUGUGUGUUGAAGGUGUUGCGCAUGAUAUGAUGUUGGAUUCUUCAUGGGAAAAAGGGGCACAAUUGAUCUUGUCGUGGAUAAAAAGCUUAUAGCAUGAUAGUGCAACUAAUAGUGUUAUCUAUGUUUCUAUUUUUCAAUUUUAUGGUGGUGAAAUGACUAAAAGGUCCUUAUUGGCACAAGGUGAAGUGUAGAUUAUGUUGGGAUAAGGGAGGAUUACAAGGCGUUUUAUGGAAUUAGAGAGAUUUAUUUAAUUCCGUGUAAUGUUGAAGAGUUAAUUAUGUCAAUGCUAUCAUAAACCCCUAAGACAAAUCCUACAACAUAUUCAUGAUUAACCUUGUGAAGAUUUACACCAAAACCAUAACCAAUUAGAUUAAAAGACUUGAGCAAAUAAAUGCACCACCACUUGAUAGGAAAAAUAAAAACAUCAAUGAAUCUCACUUUUUGAUUCUCUAAAUGUACUAAUUAAAGCCUUGGUGAUAGCAUGAACAAGUAUCCCAAUUGGACAAAACAACAAACAAAGAGAAACCGAAUGUCGCGUCUCGAUCUCAUUCUCCAAUCCAUCCUGAUACACCUGUCUGUUUCCACCAAUCAAAACCACAAGUUAGUUUCAAUCGGUACAACUGUUGUUUCAUAUACUGUGUUUGAUAUGCACCAGACUAUUUUUGGCAUGCACCAGACUUAUACACAAUGGUACAUAAUUUACAAAUUUUCAUCCAUCUAUAAAGGUGGGACAAUGAAUGGCUACUGAUAUCUUGUCUGUGCAAAAAAACGUAAAUACCCUCCUACCUUGCGGCGUAGAGGUCAACGGCUAACAAAUGGAUCCAAGCCGAGGCUAAUGUCAUCUCAUUAGAAAACAUCUUAGCUACACCCGGAAGCUCGGGCAGCCAAUAUUUGCUUGCGAACAUCAACCGAAAUGUAUCCGGGGUCCACGAAAGAUAAAGAAGAUACGAGUAUAAAACGCCAAGCAAUACAUAUGGUAUGCUACUUCUCAUACACUUUUUAGUCUGCAAGGUAAAACCUGUCAGUGUCCCACAUCAGCUAGACACAGUCCCAUAUAGGGAAUUAGGGAAAGUUUAAAGCUUAGUUCUUUAUGUAUUAUGUCAAAAAGAAAUAUCUAUAUAUAGUUUAUAAGAUUAAUUCUUGUUUUUAUAAAGUCAAAUGAAAAAGCAUUAAAUAGUUAUUUGGAUACCUUUUUUUUUUCUUUUUUUUUUGUUUGCUUUAUAACAUUGUAAAAUUUACCAAUUCGGAUUUUGGAGCUGCGACCAUAAGAGUGUAGAAGGGAAGAACAGCAGCAGUUCCUAAUGUAAAAGCAUCACUCGCUAAUUGCAUACUAGCAAAACCUACAUGAACAAAGAUCAAAUCGAACUAUAAAAUGAUAAGAUUAACAAAGUUCUAGAUGUUUAAUCGAUAACUUAUCUCAUGAUAAACAAAGGGUAAGAAUGGAUUACAUGAUACUUGCAGUUUUGACUGGUUUUGACGCAGAUUGAAGCUUUCGUUUGGUAUGAUUAUAGCUCCUGAUCCUCUCAUAAAACUCCAUUGAUUUCUUAGCUUGUUUCCGAUAUGUAUUCCGUAAAAUUCGGUGUUGAUGGGUUUAAGAGCGAAUGUGGAUUUGGAGUGUUUGGAUGCAGUCGUCAAGAGGUUAAUCUACAAUGCCAAUUGAUGGUGACAAAGGCAAGAAGAGAUAGCCAUUAUAGAUGUAAGAAAGUAAGUGAGAUUGAGAGAUGAAAUGGGUUACGAUUCUUCAUGAAGUUGUCGUUAUAUAAAAAAGAAUUUAGAAGUGGUAGUACAAUCAUAGAUACAAAAGAGAUGAGUAGUCUUGUUUUCCUUUCCUUUCAGAAAAAAGAAAUGAAAAGUUUUGUCUGUUGAGUGAAUAUUCAUCUCACCCAAUUUAAUUUAGUUUUCCUUUUAUUUUAAUGAAGAGAGGAUAUAAAAUUGGUUUUGUGUAUGAAUAUUUUCAAAAAGAGAAACAAAAUUACAUCUUAAUUUUAUUAUGUUAUGUGUAUAUCUAUAUGUUAC